GCUAAAAUGUCUGUUGUAGGAACGAUAUAAACACGCGUCGUUGCUCGUUAGUGUAUUUUUUGUGAACGUAAUUAAUUUAGUGUUUUUAAAAAUUUUUUUUUUACGUUCGAAUCUAUCGUGCUAAACUUAACGCGAAAGCUGAAAGCAGUGAAAAACACACAGUGACAACACAAUGGCCGAUGCCGAUGAUCUUUUGGAUUACGAGGAGGACGAACAAAACGAGACCGUUGAAAGCGAUGAGAAAAAACAAGCUAAAAAAGAAGUAAAGGGUAACUAUGUAUCCAUACACAGCUCGGGUUUUCGAGAUUUUUUGCUGAAACCGGAAAUCUUGCGGGCCAUAGUCGAUUGUGGCUUCGAGCAUCCGUCAGAAGUGCAACACGAAUGUAUUCCACAGGCCAUGCUUGGCAUGGAUAUCCUGUGUCAAGCUAAGUCGGGUAUGGGCAAAACGGCCGUGUUUGUUUUAUCUACUCUCCAGCAGCUAGAGGUGUAUGAGAGUGAAGUUUAUGCUCUAGUUUUGUGCCACACUAGAGAGUUAGCAUUCCAGAUUAGUAAGGAGUUUGAGCGGUUCACCAAAUAUCUUCCGGCUGUGAAGGUCAGUGUCUUCUUUGGUGGCGUUCCCAUUACAAAAGAUGAAGACACAUUAAAAAACAAUAAGCCACACGUCGUGGUCGGUACGCCUGGCCGUAUUCUAGAGCUCAUCAGAAAAAAGAAAUUGGUUCUCAACAAUUUGAAGCAUUUUAUACUAGACGAAUGCGACAAAAUGUUAGAAAUAUUGCAUAUGCGAAGUGACGUACAAGAAAUUUUUAAAAACACACCUUUUAACAAACAAGUAAUGAUGUUCAGUGCAACGCUAAGUAAAGAUAUACGCCCAGUUUGUAAAAAAUUUAUGCAACAGCCAUUGGAAGUAUAUGUUGACGAUGAUGCUAAACUGUCAUUGCAUGGACUUCAACAAUAUUAUGUUAAAUUGACAGAGAAAGAAAAAAAUAAAAAGUUGUUCGAUCUUCUUGAUGAGCUUGAAUUCAAUCAGGUGAUAAUUUUUGUGAAAUCAGUACAGCGUUGUGUAGUUCUAACAGAGUUGCUCAACGAACAAAAUUUCCCUUCAGUUGCAAUGCAUGGUGGUAUGUCCCAACAAGAUCGUCUUAAGUUUUAUCAAGAAUUUAAGGAUUUCCAAAAACGAAUAUUGGUUGCCACUAAUUUGUUUGGCCGUGGAAUGGAUAUUGAACGUGUUAACAUUGUCAUCAACUAUGACAUGCCCGAAGACACAGAUACUUACCUCCACAGAGUAGCGAGAGCUGGACGAUUUGGUACCAAAGGACUGGCCAUUACUUUUAUAUGCGAAGAAACAGACGCCAAGGUUUUAAAUAGUGUACAGGAUAGAUUCGAUGUCACCAUUGGACGUAUGCCCAAUGAAAUUGAACUCAGUUCAUAUGUUGAGCGGAAGUAGAUGCCGAAAACUAAAAAAGUUAAAUAUUAGCCACAAUUAAUAUAAUGUUUGACUUGUAAUAUUCUCAUUUUUUAAACCAGAUUUCACUUUCUACCCAAUAAAUGUAAUUCUUACCCGUGGUUUA